AUGUCACUAGUGACAGACUGCCAACCACUACCCGAUCAAUUUACACUUUCUACUUGUACCGAUAUACUCUCCCACACCCUUUUACGAGUUUUUAUUUGGAUGAUUGGUGUUAUUUCUGCGAUCGGAAAUUUUAUUGCUAUCAUAUGGCAUACUAAAAGUAUGACAAAAGAAUUUCAAGUUGUUAAAACAUUACUUAUUAACUUAUCUAUAGCUGACUUCACUAUGGGUAUCUAUUUGAUCAACAUUGCAUCAGCAAAUAUCUAUUUUGCAGGAAUUUAUUCUGAAUAUUUGGAAACUUGGCUUCGUAGUCCAUUUUGUUCAAUAGCUUCUUCGUUAAUUACAUUAUCGAGUUUUAUGUCGACUGUUAUCUUAUUUUUGAUUAGCCUUGAUCGAUAUUGGGGUCUAGUAUACAUGUUUGAUAACUAUCGCUUAUCCUACCGUUUUGUUGUGAUAUCAUUAUCCUUGUCGUGGGUGCUAUCUAUUAUUUACAUUGGAUUGCCAGUCAUCUAUAGUAUUAAUCAACCUAGCCAAUAUCGUUUCCAUGGUACAAAUGGUGCUUGUAUACCCGGUAAUCUAUCGAAUACGUACUUCCUGAUAUGGUUAAUAUUUUAUUGUGCUUUUACUUUUGUAAUAUGGAUAACGAUUAGUAUGAUGUAUAUCGCCAUGAUUGUAACGUUAACACGUAUUCGAAAGCAAGCUAAUCGUCAGAUAUCAUCGGUAGAGAAGAUUAUCCAAGCUAAAAUGAUAGCUAUUGUUAUUACUGAUCUCAUCUGUUGGAUGCCAUUAUAUAUCGUCUUACUUCGAUUCUUAUUUGGCUAUGGAUUAGAUACGCAUUCCUUACCGUUUAUUGCUGUAUUAUCAUUGCCAGUGAAUUCAUGUAUUAAUCCAAUUUUUUAUACCAUAUUUACUCGAACAUUCCUCAAUAAAGCUAACAACAUGAUACGACAACUUCGAAAUAUCUUAACAUUAUGUCAAGUAUAUCUUUAUCAGUGCCAUAGCAAUUCCAGUAGUCAAUCAUUCGGUAGGUAUAAAAUUUUCUACAAUGCUAUAAAAUUUCAUUAG